AUGUCCUUCGGUGAAUUUUUUAUUGAACCUUUAAAGGUUUGUAAAAGCAAACUCAGGUGUUUUUCCUUCCUUCUCUUCUUUUCACAAAGUGUAAACAUGUAUAAUAGUCAAAGCACAUAUGAUUCACUCGUUGACAUAUGCGUUAACUCGGCGAUGGCAAAUAUCCGAUCGAUGAGUAACGAUCAACUCAAUGAUCUGCUCUACAACGACUCUCGUCUAGAUGCACUAAUUGACAGUCUUCCUCAGAUUCGCUCUUUGCCAACUGAGCGUGAAGCUGGACUUGCACAGAAUAAAUCAUUGGCUGAAUGGAAUUUGGCACAGGAGCCGAAAUUGACACAGCUUCGGACACAGGUCAAAACUCUGCAUGAGCAAGCAACCGCUUUGCGGACAGAGACGGAAUCUCUGAAAGCAAAAUUGGAUGAAAUAUCUUCUUCUAAGUCGUUGGACACGACAAGUAAUCUAUUACAGGUCGCUGCUCAAGAAGCUGAUGAUGAUGCUGAGAGCACAACGAAAGCUUUCCUUGCGGGCACACUUUCAAUGGAACAGUUUCUCAAAGAUCUCCUGGAGAAAAAGACAUUGGCUCAUUUGAGAAAAGUAAAGUCUGAUCGAUUGAUUUCUAUACUGCGAGAUCAACAGUAUGCCCAAGCUGCACCAGCUCUUCCGCCGAGGACUGGUGUUGCGCCGUAUCCGGAAUUGCCCAUGCCUCCGCGGCUUUCUUACUACUAAAGUAAUACUUAUUUUCAGUGUAUAUACAUUGUCUUACUUGCAAAUUUUUGUUUUCGCUUUUCGCCGUUUGUCUUUGAUUUUUAUAAAUGUUAAAGAUGUGCACAAAGAAAUAAUGACAAAGUGGUGUAUGCGAGAAUACGCUGAAUAGUACUACCAGUCGGUGUCUCUGUUCUUUUUCCUUCUAAGUUCUUCUACUUAGCCAGUAUUUCUGUUCUAGCGCGGGAAGUUUUGAGCUUUCUGUUUCCCUUGCGUUUAAAGACAGCAGAUUUGCACGAGAUAUUCCGGGGUUGCUCUUUCUUUCUUUUGACCUCUGCCAGCAUAUGCUCGAUCGGUCGUUAGCUGUUUUUCUUUUUUCUGAGCUUCCAGUAUAAUUUUCGCCUCAGAACUUCCGUUUUCUGUUCUU